AUAUAAUUAAUUAGAGCAAUAAUAUCUAACAAAAUAAAAAAUUCUGUCCCUUAUUUAAUCGUCGAUAUCCGCAACCUUGUUGUCUUAUCUGAUAACAGAUCGUAGAGGAAAUAUAAACUAUUAGCUGGAUUGUAGUCAGUUGAUAUGUUAUAUGUUCCACGUACACUAUUAUCUCUUUGAUACAAUAUAAGCUUUUUAAAAUUUUAUUACUUGUAAUUAAAUAUUUAUUGUACUUAUGUGAUGAACUGACGAUGAAGUUUUUGUGUUGUCGCUCGUCACUGUGUCAAUCAAAGUGGAAUUUUGAUCUUACUAACAAAAAUUCUAAAGCUGCGAACAAUAAGAAUGAUAAUAAUGAGCAACAGAUUUACAGAAGAUUGUCUAAUGUUCGUAGAGACGAUAUUUUCGGUGAACAAGUUAGAAUUUCAAGCUCGACUCCUAUUAUUUACCAAAAAAACACUGAAACAAAGUCAAGAUUGAGAAGCGCGAUCAAGAGCAACGAGUUUUUGAGCAAUUUUAAUGAUAUGCAAGUGGAUACACUCAUCAGUGCAAUGUAUCCGCAGGACAUUCCGCCAAACACCCGGCUGAUUAAUGAAGGAGAUGAUGGAUAUCAUCUUUAUGUAUCUGAGGAAGGUGUUUUUGAUAUUUACAAGGGAAAUAAAUAUCAAGGGACUUUUGGGCCCGGUGUUGUGUUUGGAGAACUUGCUUUACUGUACAAAGCUAAAAGAUUUGCUUCUAUUGAUGUAAAAAAAGGAGGAAAAGUUUGGGUAUUGGACAGAAAAUCAUAUCAAGCCUCCAUGAAAGAUGAUGUUGAGCGAAUAACUGAAGACAACAUUGAAAUGCUCCGAAAAAUUUCAUUUCUUCGUGAUCUCUCUAACCAUGUUUUAAGAAAAAUUUCAGAUUUGAUGUACGUUAAAUUUUUCCCCGCUGGAACAUAUAUCGUGGAUGAAGGAGAGACUGGUGACAAAUUUUUUAUCAUAAACUGCGGACAUGUGAAAGUAAUGAAGCUGAGUGACGGUCAAGAAAUAGUAAUUUCCGAGUUGUACAAAGGAGAGUACUUUGGAGAGAAAUCACUCUAUGCUAAUGAAAAUAAUGUCAGAAAACCUAGUGUUGCAAGUUUUGUCGCUGCAAGUCCGGGUGUUGAGUGUUUGAUUAUUGAUAGGAAGACUUUUUUAAAUUAUCUUGGAGAUUUGGAAUCGAUAACGAAGCGAGAUUGGACUGCUGAGUAUGAAGAACGUAAAAAAUCUCUGAAGAUUAAAUGGAAACCAGAGUAUCCAGAUUUACAGUUAACAGAUUUGGACGUCAAUGCUGGAAUUGGUAGAGGAAGUUUUGGGCUGGUGCUGUUAGUUACUAGCAAAUCCAUCCCGGACAAGAGCUUUGUGUUGAAGAAAAUUUCUAAGGCUCUGGUCAGCAAGCUUAAUUACCAAAAAUAUAUUUUGAAUGAGAAAUUUGUAAUGCAAGCUUGUGAUUCUCCAUUUAUAUGCAAGUUAUAUCAAACUUUCAAAGAUCCCAAAUAUGUUUACUUAUUAAUGGAAGUAUGUCUGGGCGGUGAUCUUCGCACGAUGCUUUAUAGAAAUGGAAAGUUCAACAAUACGACGGCAAGAUUUGUAACAGGAUGCAUUAUUGAAGCUUUAGAUCACUUGCACUCGCUGGACAUAAUUUCCAGAGAUUUGAAGCCUGAUAAUAUCUUACUAGACAAUUAUGGAUAUGCUAAAUUGUCUGAUUUUGGUACGAGUAAAAGGACAGGUCCUUACAAAACGUGGUCGUUUGUUGGGACAUCUGAAUACAUGGCUCCAGAGUUGAUUUUGAUAGAAGGCCACGACAGAGCUGUAGACUUUUGGUCCCUGGGGAUUCUUCUCUAUGAAUUACUUACAAAAAGAGUGCCCUUUGAAGACAACGACAAACUGCAACUUUAUAAUAAAAUUAUAAAGAGCAAUAAUAAAGAUAUUAAGUUUCCAGAUUUCGUAAAACCGCACGCUGCAGAUUUAAUCACUAAAUUAUUGAGUUCUAAGCCGGUGGAGAGAUUAGGAUACUUACGAAAUGGGAUUAUGGAUAUACGAAAUCACAAGUGGUUCAAAAUGUUUGAUUGGAAAUCACUGAGGACCAGAAUAAUGCGCUCGCCAUUAGAAACAAAGAUAUUAAGUCAUUUGGACAUUAAAAACUUUGAGAAGUUUCCCGUGGAGCGAGAAAAUACUGCCAAUGAUUUUUCCGGAUGGGACGCCGAUUUCUAAUGUCCAUUUAAUAAAGUGGAUAAAUACGACG